AUGAGCCCUGAGCAGCAGGCCCGGUUUGACCAGGCGGUCGCAAUCCUCGAGGCCGACGGUGGUGUCCAGGCCCCUGCCACCAGCCCGCUGCUGGAGGGGCGCUGGCGCCUGCUGUUCACCACCCGGCCGGGCACCGCAAGCCCCAUCCAGCGCACAUUCACCGCCGUGGACAGCUUCGCAGUGUACCAGGACAUUGAGCUGGCAGGGGAGGAGGUGCCGCGCGUGUGCCAGGUGGUGGACUUUGGCAGCUCGGUGGGCUUCCUGCGGGUGGAGGCAGAGGCCUCCACCGACGCGCAGCCGCUGCCGGGCUUCACGCCGCGCGUCGGCAAGGGCCUCCCCUUUGGCAUCCUGGGGGUCAGCUCGUCGCAGCCCCCUGCCAGACCCAACCUGCGAGUGGACUUCCAGUUUGAUCGGGCGGCCUUCACAUUUAAGUCGCUGCCAUUUAAGAUCCCCUAUCCUGUCCCGUUCAAGCUGCUGGGAGACGAGCGCAAGGGUUGGAUAGACGGCACGCUGUUUGUGCUUGCAAAGGAUGUGCCGCCGAAGCAGCGGCUGCUGGAUGUGCUGGCGCAGCGGCGGAGCCGGGACGAUGCCGAGGUGCAGCGGCUGGCGGAGGAGGUUGUGGCGGGCGGCGGCGGCGAGGCGGCGCCCGCGGCGAGCCCCCUGGCCGGCGGCACGUGGCGCCUGGUGUGGAUGCAGCAGGGCGAGACCGCCAACCCGCUGCAGAAGGCGCUGGCCAGCCAGGUGGAAAACUUCCAGAUCGUCGACCUUGAGAGCAGCCGCCUGGAGAACCUGGUCUGCCUGGCGCCCGGCGUGCGGGUGCGGGCAUGCGCAGCCUGCGGCCCCGAGAAGGGCAACACGCGCACCUUUGUUGAUAUUGACGAGGUGGUGCUGGAGCUAGGCCCCCUCAAGCUGCCGCUGCCUGUGAAGGCUGAUGGGCGCGGGUUUGUGGAGUGGCUACACCUCGAAGAGGACUUCAGGAUCAGCCGCGGCAACAAAGGCAGCGUGUUCAUCCACACCAGGGAGCGUGCGUGA